CCGACGUCACGACAUUCCUCCGUCGCGCGCCCCAGAGUUCGUCACGCGAAGCACGGAGAGCCGAGAACGCUUCCCGCUUGACACAUCAUCAUGACAUCAUCAUGAUGAUGUCAUGAUGAUGUCAAGACUUUGACUAAACUUCACAUAUCUGAAACAAUUUGGAAUUCAUGUACGUGCAUGAGUAUGUGAAACUUCACUUGGGCCAAUCAGAACGCAGCAUGGACUUCAACCAUUUUGGGCCAAAGCCCAGUUCGACGAAUCAGAUGUGAUGUCGACGAAACAAGUCUGUUUCGUCGACUAUCUUUCAUUUCGUCGAUGUUUCAUGCGUUUCGUCGGCUACAACCGUUUUGCCGAGUCCCUAUUCAGUUUCGUCGAUUGCUGUGUUGCUGCGUCUAUAUAAACAAACACAAGACAGAUAGAACACAGCCCGGAUAAGCUAGAGAGAGAGUGUAGAGAGAGAAAGUUCCGGUGUGCCUUGUAUUUGUCGAAUAUUGUACCGAAACUUUGUCGAAAUCAAUACACGUAAUUGUUAAUCGUUGAUAUCUUUACGUCUUGUUCACUCUCUCGCUCGCUCGGUUUGUAUCGUAACGUGGAUUCCGCACUUGUUACGGUAUUAUAAACAAGAUCUCGUAGUUGUCCGGCGAUCCGCAAACGGACCUACAAUGGUGUGACUUUUUGGCUUGCCUUAUCCUUUACUGACAAACAGUAUGCUUUCGGCUCACCAUACUCAUUUCACCAACCAAGGAGGCAUCAUACCUUGAAACAGACGCAUUUAAAAAAAUGGUAAAUCUAAAAUUGCUCCAACUAAAUUUUGUGGAACUCAAAGGAUCAUAUAAGCAUGUUUCUGAGGAUUUAAGAUGGCUUUGCUGGCAUGGAUUUCAUUCAGAAAUCCUACCCGCUGACUUAUGCAUUGAAAACUUGGUGGCUAUAGAUAUGAGCUGUAGUAACUUGGAAGUGUUUGAACCCCCUACGUUUGGUUAAUAUUUGUGAAAGCCUUGGAGCCCUUUCAAGUCUUACACUAUUGCACAUGUCAGGGUGUAAAAAUCUAUUCAGUUCUUGGGAGCAUACAGAACCAACUUUUUCCUUCCCAGUUUCAUUACAUCGGCUAUUCCUCAAAGACUGCUAUCUUAAAUGUGCUGAUUUUUUGACUUUGAGUUUCAAUCUCCAACUGGAUUUGCAAUAUUUGAAUCUAGGAAAUAGUCGAUUUAAGUCCUUGCCUUGCUAUGAUCAUCUUAAAAAUCUUCGGGUUCUUGACCUGAGUUUUUGCUCUAGACUCAAAUAUCUUCUACGCCUCCCUGGUACACUUGCAGAAUUGUAUAUAUAUUACUGUGAGUCACUAGAGAAAAUAACUUUCCAAUCACAUCGAUUCCCUUUGCAAGAGCUUGGUUACGAAGGCUGUGUUAACUUGUAUGAAAUUGAAGACUAUGUCAAAUUGGUGCCCAUAGCUAAAUUAGAUGAAACUGAUUUGGGACACCUGGAGUGGCUAAAAGAAUAUCAGAAUCAUGAAGUGUGCCUUGUUGGUGAUGAUGAGCUCACAGUAGGCAGAAGUUGGCAUAUCCAGAUGUUGUACGAAUUUAAUAUUGCACAUCGCUGCCAAAUAUAAAUGACCCAAGGAUGACACCUAAGUAUACGUCAGAAUCAUCUUCUUUGUCGUUUGAUGUACCUUCGUGUCUUAAAAAUAAGAGGCUCAAAGGAAUUAAUGUAACUUUCAAGUAUUCAGUAUCAGGUGAUGAGUGGGCAUGGUUUUGUAAAGUCAGUACCACUAAUGGUGUUGUUGAUUUAAUGUACAACCCUAAAGUGUUUGGCAAACCGGAAUUUGGUGAAGUAGGUAUAUGGUUAAGCUAUUGGCCAAUUGGAAAUACAUUGGACUUUGGAAACACUGUUCAUGUCUCUAUUGAUGUGAUGAGUGGAUUGGAGGUGCAUGAAUGUGGUGUGAGCCUUGUGUAUUCCGACAAGGAAACCAUGGAAAAUAACAUGGGAGGGGUAGAAAUUCUGGGAGGUAAUUUGUCUGGAUUUGAACUAAGCACAGGAGCGUACUAUCUAUGUCGGCAUGAUUUCCUUAGGUUAAUGGAGGUUGGCAGAUUGACUCCUGACUGGUUUAGAAUUUUAGUUGGUGAUACGAUUGACUACACCGAGGUAAGAGGAUGGAGACAGACUGGUCGACCAAAACAGUUGAAUGAUCCAUCAUUUACAGAGUUAAAAACUGUUAGAUGUAUCAUCUAUGGUCCUCAAGUGGAGGAUACUUACAAGAUUGCAGAGAUGUCCAAAUCAUCUUUGGGCGAUGACACAGUGGCAUUCACAUCAAGUUUGCUUAAGGGAGAAACAAUUGAUGAGGCAGUGGAGGAAAUUAAUGUCAAGCAGUAUAAGUCUGGCGAUGAGACAUCUGAUCGUUACUCACAUGCAAGGAUAAUGAAACCUGCAACUGGAGAGGGCGAAAUUGUGUCUUCUUCAACUUCGGCGUAUCCAUGUCGCCGUUUUUCUCUUGCAAAAAUUCAAUCUGCAACCAAUAACUUUUCUGAUGAACUAGUCAUUGGAUGGGGUGGAUUCGGAAAAGUGUACAAAGGUCAAAUUUUUAGUGAAGAAGCUGGUCACAUUGUAGCCAUCAAAAGGAGGGAUUCUGUGUCCAACUUUGGGGAACCUGAAUUUAAGGCUGAGAUCGAUACACUUUGUACAUUUCACCACGUUCACUUGGUGUCUCUUGUUGGCUAUUGUGAUGAUAAUGGAGAGAAAAUCCUUGUUUAUAAAUUUAUGCCAAACGGAAGCCUCUACCGUAAGCUGCACGAUGUUCAUACUCCUUUAAGUUGGGUGACACGGCUCAAGAUAGCCAUAGGUGCUGCACGUGGUUUGGAGUACCUUCAUAUAGGUGUCCGCACCCAACAUGGAGUCAUACAUCGUAACGUCAAGAGUUCAAACAUUCUUUUAGAUGAGAACUGGGUGGCGGUGAUUUCGGGUUUGGGGUUGUGCAUAGCUGGUCCAACCGAUCAGUCGAUUCCUUAUGUUGAAGACACUGUUAAAGGCACAUUUGGGUAUCUUGAUCCAGAGUAUGCUUUGACUGGAAAAUUAACUUAUAAAACAGAUGUGUAUGCGUUUGGGGUUGUAUUAUUUGAAUUGCUAUCUGGAAGGCGUGCAAUAGACAUGCACAAUGGGGAAGAUGAUUCUAAGUUGGUAGUAUGGGCUCGAAAAUGUGUAAAAGAAAGGAAAUUAGAUCAGAUGGUUGAUUCUAAUAUUAAGGGAACAAUCUCAACAAACUGUUUAAGACAGUUCGCUCAAAUAGCAGAUCGUUGUGUUCACCCUGUUCCCAAAGAACGGCCAACCAUGAGUGAGCUAGUGGCCUCACUUGAGGCUUUACUGGAACUACAGGAGAAACCUGACACUUCUGCCAAGUCAUCAAGCAUAAUGGGGUUCCCUUGGAAGAUCAAGAAAUAUUUUGUUCCCGCGAUUAAACCAAACUUUGAGGAAAGCGGGACAAGUUCACAAAAGAGCCAUGACAAGAACAAGAAGCGGGAUGAUGAGUGAGUGGUCAGAGAAGUAAAAACGUACAGAUAUGAAAGGUUGAAGCUAGCUAAGAUUGUUGGCGGAGCAUAGCAAGUUCAUACGAUCGAGACUGAAGAACGGCCUGAGUGAUGUUCACAAAGUUAUUGGGUUUUGUUAAUUUGUCAAUUUUAUUAUCCAUCCAUUUAUGUCAUGUUAAAUAUAAUAAAUAACCUGUUUAAGCUUAGUGGGUCGUUCAAUCUAAAUGAUACAUACUUAUCCGGAUUUGAAAGCUACUGGUGUUAGCCAAUUAAGCUAACUAGGUUGAUCUGUUUAUUUUGGUUAAUUUGGUUUUCGCUUUUCAGUUUAUUUAGUUUUUGGU